GCAACGACAACCAACGUCGGGGGGUGGGGGGUUGAACCUCUCGUACUGAGUAACAAUUUCGAUUAGGUUACAAAUCUUCUCAUCUUAACCUGAGCGUAAAUUCUGAGCAGACGUUAUAGGAUUGCAUCGUCUCUCUGUCAAGUCUCCAGAUUCCCACCCAAAUAAUUCUGAAUAACCCUAGAGAUUUAUGUAGGGGCAGGGGUCUAUUAAAAAUGACAUUUUCCACAUGAAAGAAGACUUGAUUUGGGAACAGUAUAACGAACUGUUUUUAUUAAUGAGGCGUGGCGGAAUACAGUGCUGCUCAACCAUAUCUACUACACUAAAAUCCUGGAAUUUUCCAUUAUCUUCUAUGGGCAGCUCUCAUUUCUGUCCCAAGGAGAAAAGUCGGAAGAGGAGGAAUGAGCAAGUUCGGUAUUUAGGCAAUUGAAUCAUUUGAAAGAGAAGCUUCAUCUGUGAGUCUUGAAAAUGGAUGGUCUUAGAAGAGGGAAAACACUCCUUCCUAAUUUGAUAAACUGGAUUGGCUGGUGUCAAAAACAGCAACCAUGCUGCAGGUUUUAUUGUGAUCUUCGUUCAAGACAAAAGUACUUAUCGCAGCACUUCCAACUGAUGAAUCUGUGGGAGGAUAGCAUAGCAUCACAGGAAAGCAAACCAGGAGAACUGACAUGUAAAAGUCAGAGACUGAUGUUACUAGCAGGACUGAUCUAUCCAGCCAGCCCCGGCUGCUACCAUUAUAUGCCCUACACUGUCCGAGCAUUGGAGAAGCUCAUCAAAGUAAUAGACCGAGAAAUGCAGGCCAUAGGGGGACAGAAAGUAAACAUGCCCACAUUAAGCUCAGCACAGCUCUGGAGAGCCAGUGGAAGGUGGGAACUGAUGGGCAGUGAACUUUUACGACUGGCAGACAGGCACAGCCAAGAAUACUGUCUAGGACCUACCCAUGAAGAGGCCAUCACUGACCUAAUAGCUUCUCAAGGCCACUUGUCCUACAAACAGCUUCCUCUCUUGCUGUACCAGGUAACAAGAAAGUUUCGAGAUGAGCCAAAACCACGUUUUGGGUUGCUGCGUGGCCGAGAAUUUUAUAUGAAGGAUAUGUACACCUUUGAUGCCUCCAAGGAGGCUGCUCUCCAGACCUAUGCCCUAGUGUGCAAUGCAUACUGCAACAUAUUCAACAACUUAGACCUGCAGUUUGUGAAAGUCCAAGCAGCCACCGGAAACAUUGGAGGGACAAUGUCUCAUGAAUUCCAACUCCCUGCCGACGUUGGUGAGGACCGGUUGAUGAUGUGUGCAGACUGUGACUUUUCAGCCAACGUGGAAACAAUAUCUCCAGAUGAGAAGCAUUGCCCAGUUUGUAAAGGAAAACUAGUUGAGAGCAAAGGGAUUGAAGUUGGCCAUACUUUCUUCUUGAGUACAAAAUACUCUUCUGUUUUUAAUACUGCCAUCCGCACUGCACAGAAUAAUCAUGUUCCAGCUGAAAUGGGCUGCUAUGGGCUGGGUGUGACUCGGAUUCUUGCAGCCUCCAUUGAGGUGCUGUCUACGGAGGAUGCCAUUCGUUGGCCAAACCUCAUUGCACCAUAUCAGGUCUGCCUUAUUCCCCCAAAGAGAGGCAGCAAAGAGGAGAAAGGGGCAAUGCUCCUGGAGGAUUUAUAUGACUGUAUCGUUGAAGGAGUCCCUCAGCUUAAGGAGGAGAUAGUGCUGGAUGAUCGGACUCAAUUUACCAUUGGUAAAAGAUUAAAAGAUGCUAAUAAACUUGGAUACCCCUAUAUUAUAAUAGGUGGGGAAAAGGUUUUGGAUGAGCCUUCUCUAUUUGAAGUAUGGAAUCAAAACACCAAUGAGACAUUGUUCCUUACCAAAGAGCCCAUUGUUGAAUUGCUAAGCAAAGUGCAAAUUCCCUAAAUAUUGAGUAUCUGGCUUUUGAGAUGUUAAUGUUUUCCUCUGUUGUCUUAAGCAGAUGGCUAUGGAAGUAUAUGGCAUUUUUACUGUAUUAGUUUAUAUUUUCUAAACCAAGGAUUGAACUGGAGGCAGCUAUGGUGCUGUCUCUGUCCCAAAGCCUCAUGUGCAAAGGGUUGCCCACUGAUUUCAAUGGCAGGGACAGUGCCAUCUGUACACUAGGGAUGUUCUACAAGGGUAAGGAACCUGUAGGCUUCCAGUUGUUGGAGUCCAACUUCAGUCAUCUCCACCCAGCAUGGCCAAUGGUCAGGAGUGAUAGAAAUUGUAAUCUGACAAUAUCUGGAAGGCCACAAGAUCCCCAUCCCUAUUCUGUAUGGAGGCUUCUCACUAACAUACUCAACAGGUGAUAAAAGUGUCCUGCUUGACAUUUCUUUUGGGGAGGGCAGCAUGAAGCUGAAUGUAAUUAAGGUAAACAGCAAAUCUGCAGUGAAGUGCUUACCAGUGUAGCUGUGCUCAUGGAAGGAUACCAUAUUUUACUGUCAGGACAUCAACAAUUGACAGAAGUGAAAAAGCAGAUCACAAAAGACAAAAGAGCAAGUUUUUACCCUUCAAGUUUUUUUAGGUGUGCUGUGUCUCUGUGUGAGAGACUCACUUGGAUUGUGUACUAAACUGGAUCUUUUCCAUCAUCUUCUGUUGCUUAAAUUCAAAGACUGAGUUGCUCAGAUACACAAUAGUGUGGGCCUUAAUUAUACCAGCCAAAAUGAUCUGAAAUGAUUUGAGAUGGACUUUAAUGAGAAUAAUAUAUCAAGUCAAUCUUUGUAACAUUUUUUAUUUUUAAAAAAGAAAAAUCACUUUUUAAGCUGAGUAUGCCCCAAAUCUGCAUGUUAAUUAAAAGUAAAUUUUCGUCUUCUGACCAUGGGGUUGGCUUUCUAAGAAUGGAUGAUCAAGAAACAAAUUCCAAACAAAAUGAAGGAACCUAGUUUAAUGCCAAGCUUCUGAGUGAGCCAAUUAAAUGAGCUGUUCUGAAAUCUUGACACCUAAUUACCAAAUAGGCUGCUUCUGUUCCUCCCCUCUUUGAGAUCAUGUGCUGUAAUCUGCAUUUUCAAUAUCCAUAAGCAUUUCACCUAAUUAAAAUAUGUACAGCUAAGCUGAAUAUUAGUUUGUUUUAAAGAGGCCCCACACUCCUGACUGUUACCUUUUCCAGUGAUAAGCAGUGUUGAGAAAUUAACAGUGCAAUCCAAUACAUGUAAGCUCCACUCGGUUCAAUAGGACUUACUCCCAGGUAAGUGUGUAUUGGAUUGCAGCCUAAGGCUGCAAUCCUCGCCCCACCUAAUUGGGAACUUUCAGAAAUGGUUAGGAAUGUGCUGUAAGCCAGGGAUGGAAAAGCUGUGACUCUCUAGGUGGUGUUGGAUUACACUUCCUAUCUUUCCUGGCCAUUGGCUGGAGCUGAUGGGCAUUGGGAGUUUAAUAAUUGGAAAGCUACACGUUUCCCAUCCCUAGAUUACUGUGAAGCAUGGAGCCUGCUUUUUUAGUUGCAAUUCUGCAGUAAACUGUCUGGGUGACUUUAUGCAAGUCCAUCACUCAUUCACAAACUCAGUCCUCCAACAAUAUGGUGCAAUGAGGUGUGGCUUCCUAUUCAACUAUUUUGCCAGUUUAUUGCAAGGUUUAUAACAAAAUACUGGCCUUGUUCUACGUAAUGCUAAGCUGUGUGAAUGAGUCUCACGAUCUUGUACUUUCCUUUUCUUCUAGAGGAGAUCAGAAACAUAUGCUUCAAUUUCUAACUAAGAGUUGGUAGUCCAAACCUGGGCUAGCAGUAUUAUGUCCAAACCUGGACAAACUAUGGUUAUGUUUGACUGUGGUUUAGGGUAGGGGUAGCAAGUGUGGUAGUCUCCAGAUGUUGUUAUGCUGGCCAAUAGUAAAGAAUAAUUGGAAUUACAGGCAUCUACCACAUUGCCUACACUGGUAAGCAACAGGCCAGCCUCAAACUAUAGGUCGUGAUCCUGACUUUUUCCCUAAACCAUCGUUAAGAUUAGCCAUAGUUUUGGGUUUAGACAUAAUGAUAUACCAUGGUUAACUGAGAACCCAAGCAAAAAUUUCCAAUCUUAUGGCCAUCAGGAGGGGAAGGGGAAUGCAUGAGCCUAAGACUCAUUCAUGUAAUGCUAAAACAUAACUUAUGUUACAUCCAAACCAGGACAACACAUGGAAUGCUUUGAGCACUCUGAAGUGCUGUGUAAAUAUUUAACCACUUAUUUUAUUACAUCUAAUAGAGAUGUUGCUGUAUUUUGAUCAUUAUUCUUUCCCCCAUACCUUCUGCCAUCUCUCCCUAAUAGUUUCUUGAGAAUAAACGCAUCCUUGCAACAGCUAGUUGUUUUGUAGGAUUUAGCUUCACUCUGCCUAGAGCUUUGAACAGCAUCAUUUUUGGC